GUCACAGGGUUUUGUCACUAAACACUUAUUAAGCACCUACAGCUGCCCCUGUCAGGGGAGAUGGCAUGCAAGUGUGAGGUCACAGAAGGGGGGUCCUAGCAAAGGAGGUGCCAUGGGGGAGAUGGGCAUCCAGGCACGGGGAUGCACUGCCUGGGCAAAGCAAGGGAGACUGGGACCAGCCCAGGGAGAGCAGGAGACGGGUAGAUGUCAGAGGUGGCAAGGCAGCCGGCCAGGCCAAUGUGGGGGAACCAAAGAGCGCAUGAGGUGGUGGUAUGGAACUCACGGCGCCUCGUGUUCGGGUGCCUGUGGUGGACGUGCAGGUGGACAACUUCAAGGACAUGUGGCCUUCCAUCCUCCUGGCAAUCAAGACAGCCAGCUUUGUAGCCGUGGACACGGAGCUGAGCGGUCUUGGGGAGAGGAGGAAUUUGCUGAAUCAUUGCAUCGAAGAGCGAUAUAAAGCCGUGUCUCGUGCAGCCCGAACACGUUCCGUCCUCUCCCUGGGCCUGGCCUGCUUCAAGAGGCAGAGGUGCAAGGCUGAGCACAGUUACCUCGUGCAAGUGUUUAACCUCACUCUGCUGUGCAUGCAAGAGUACGUCAUUGAGCCACAGUCGGUCCAGUUCCUGGUGCAGCACGGUUUUGACUUCAACCGCCAAUACACUCAGGGCAUCCCUUACCACAAAGGGGAUGACAAGGGGGACGAGAGCCACAACCAAGGGGUGCGGAUGCUGUUCCUGGAGUUGAUCCGUGCCCGCCGGCCACUGGUGCUGCACAACGGGCUGAUAGACCUGGCCUUCCUCUAUCAGAGCUUCUAUGCCCACCUGCCCGACAAGCUGGUCACGUUCACUGCCGACCUCUUUGAGAUGUUCCCGGCCGGUAUCUACGAUACCAAGUACGCUGCCGAGUUUCACGCCCGUUUCGUGGCCUCCUACUUGGAGUACGCCUACAGGAAGUGUGAACGGGAGAACGGGAAGCAGCGGGCCGUUGGAGCCCCCCACUUGGUCCUGGAGUUCUGCAGCUAUCCUUCCAGCAUGGACGCCCACAUCGACUACCGCUGCUGCCCUUUGCCCGAAGCCCAACCGUCAUUGAGCCCCAGCCUCUCUAACACCAGCAUCUGCGACACCUUCUCUGCUUACGGCUGGUGUCCCCUGGGGCUUCAGUGCCCUCAGUCCCAUGAUGUCGACCUUAUCAUCAGCACAGACGAGGCCAUGGAGGACAGAAGAAAGAGGCGGGGAAACCGGAGGAGAAAACGGUGGAAGGGACAACCAGGCCGGCCUGGGCCCGGGGAUGGGCCGACCCCCCAAAAACAGACAUGCAGGGAAGGCCACGGAGGUGAAGACGGAGCCAGCAACCUAGAGAGCGAGGCUGAGGACAUGUCUUUGUCUGGCCCGGAGCCGGGCUCCAGUGAGGACAUGGAGCCAGAGCUGGAGCUGGACCUAGAGCCAGGGGAAGGAGCUGGGCAGAGCUCCGGGUCUUGGGGACCUGGGGUGGGGGGCGGGCUGCACCGCGCUGGCUUUGAUGCUUUCAUGACAGGCUACGUCAUGGCCUAUAUGGGGGUGACUGGGGGCUCCUGCAAUGAGGACCCUUGGCUGCCAGAGUGUCACAAUAAAAUAUAUCUCAGUGGCAAGUCAGUGCCCCUGCCCAUCGCCAAGAGCCACUUCUCCAGGACCUCCAAAGCCCACGGUGAGAAGAUGAACCAGGCCUGGGGCAGCAGCUAAGCCAGUCUCCUUCCUGUCCGGCUCCCCGGCUCUCAGGGAGCAGUCCUGGGAGAAGCCUGGGGCCCUGGGCUUCCUCUUGUCAGACAUGCCCUUGUACCACCCCACACCUGCAAGAGGGCCGUGGUCAGGGCCUGGGCUGGACAGUUAAAAGCCUGACGUGACAGAAGCUUGGGGGUCCAGGCUUGGGGCCCACUCCGGUCAACAUGAGUGAGGAGAGCAGGACUCCUGUGGACAGCACCCCCUUCCCAGGGGCCCAAGAAAGCCAAGUGUGACCAGCUACCUGCAACUCGUUUAAUUUGUAAAUCCAAAAGCAACUUAGUAAAGAUUUACCCAAAAAAAAAAAAAAA